AUGCCUGUCGAUCCUAAUCUUCGUCUUGACAUAGACCGUCAUGUGAAAUACUGGAAGCGAUGCGCACAAUUGCUACCUGAACAGUAUACUGCAGGAGAGUCAAACCGGAUGAGUUUCGGCUUCUUCAUCGUGGCCGCCCUGGAUCUUCUCGAUGCCAUAGAAACGGCGACUACACCCGAAGAGAGACAUAGUUGGAUUGAAUGGAUCUACGCAUGCCAAGUUCCUUUCACAGGCGGAUUUCGAGGCUUCACGGGCACCAACCUAGGAAGUAUGAGAACUCUGCACAACUGGCACUGGGAUUCUGCCAAUCUUCCCAACACAUAUUUUGCAUUGGCUACACUGGUCAUACUCGGCGACGAUCUGAGCAGGGUCAAGAGAAAAGAAUGCGUUGCUUGGGUAAGGAGUCUGCAAAGAGAAAACGGCAGUUUCGGCGAAUUCUUAGGCGAGGACGAUGCUGUUGAAGGUGGCGACGACCCGAGGCUGUGUAUGUGUGCCCUCGGUACGUUGAGCAUCUUGCAGGGAACCGAGCAGGGUGUCGGUGACAGUCCGAUAGACACUGUGAAGUUGAAAGAAUACAUUUCGAAUUGUCAGAGUCAUGAUGGUGGAAUCGCUCAGCAGCCUUUGCUCGAGGCACAUUCGGGUUUGAACUAUUGUGGAAUUGCAACAAUAUCAUUCCUUGGACUCUUACAAAGCCCGAGGGUAUCAGCCUACGAUGUCUCAAGUCAAGCUGGACUAGAUAUAGAGGCAUGUAUAAAGUGGAUGAUCGACCGACAGACUACUUGGAUAGAGGAAGAUGAAGAGGAGGAUGAAGAUGAUGUUGCUGCUCCUCGUUUCACUGACCAGGAUAAGUCAUCAAGUGCCACCGCGGCCGAGGCAAUUCAGUCGCUCGAACAGAAAACGAUUGCUGGAUUCUGUGGUAGAUGUGGGAAGAUGGCUGAUACAUGUUACUGCUUCUGGAACGCAGGAGCUCUGGCUAUUCUGCAACGACAGGAGCUGGUAGACAUCGAGGCUUUGAGAUGUUAUCUUCUCGAGAAGGUUGCACACCUAAUAGGUGGCUUUGCUAAAGCUCCUGGUGAACUCCCUGACCUGUUGCAUUCGUACACAGGCCUUGCAGCCCUCGCCAUCUACAGAGAGCCUGGCCUUAAAGAACUCGACCCUACGUUUUGCUUCAGCCGACAAUCAGUAGGGAAGCUCAAGAACGUCGCUUGGCGAUUGAGAUGA